GUGUAUAAGAGCCUGCGUGGACGCAGCCUGCCUGCAAAGCGUCAGCUGCCUUGCUGUUGUUCGGACGUGUGCCAUGGCAUUCCUCUUGUUCCUGCUGUACGAAUUCGCGAUUGCAGGUGCGAUAAACCUCGCACACGCCCAGGGCCCUGCUACACUUGACCGUGGUGGUCUUGUUUCUCUGAGAACACCUCUCAGUCCUGUUGAAGUUGCUGUUUACUAUGAAGCACUGUGCCCAGAUUCACGAAGUUUCAUUACAAGGCAGUUACUGCCUGCAUUCUUGAAAGGCCCUGGUUUGAUCAAUCCUGUUCUGAUUCCAUAUGGGAAAGCCGAGACCAGAGAAACACCAACUGGUUACGAAUUUACAUGCCAACAUGGACCCGUAGAGUGCCAGGGUAAUAAAGUGCAUGCAUGUGCUGCUGCCAUCAUUGGAAGUAAAGAGAUGCAAGUGAAAUAUGUAGCAUGCAUGAUAAGCAAUAACAUGAAUCCAGAAGAAAUUGGAGAAAGGUGUGCCACCAAGCUCGGUAUUGCUUGGGACCCAAUUCUGCAGUGUUCAAGAGCAAGGGAAGGAAAUGAGCUGCUAAAAGCAAAUGGUGAUGCUACCUAUGCCUUGAAUCCGAGUGUAUCGUUUAUACCAACAAUAACACUGAAUGGAAAUCAGGGUAACCAGGCUGCCAUCUUAAAGAAUCUGUUUGGAGAAGUUUGCAACCUCUAUCCGGAACCUAAACCAGCAGAGUGUGAAUAUGAGAGGAAACCAUCUGAGUAAUGAAGAUCAAGUUACAUAUAAAAUGUUUAAGAUUCAUUGGCUUGAGCAAUAAAAAAUAACCCAUUCAGUAUUGUUAAAUACUUCGAAUAUCACAAUAUUGAGAAACUGUCGCACUUAAAAUAUAAUAUCUCCUGUAAUCCAUUCCGAUAAUUACAGUUAAUGCAUUUAUCAAAAAAUGGUUAACCCUAUACCUUCACACUACCUAAUCAUGUGAUCUUCUGUCGCCGUUCCAUUACAAAGUAGAUUCUUUAAAGACUGUAAAUGUAAGUAUUUUUAUGAAGUUGAUGCUUUGAAAAGACUGCAUUAAAACAAGAAUAUGUCUGCAUCUUGUGGUUCUGGUGGCCAUUGUGAAAUGUAACACAGAAUUUAGAUAGUUAUUGUACAGAAGUAAGAGUUCGGGCAUUCCAUGAGAUUCUGUUUCACUGUUUUCCUUGCCACUGAUAUAUGCAGCAAAGUGUCAAUAUGUGGAAUACCUAUGCCAUUUGGUACUGCUGCAUUGACUAAUUGUCAUUAUAUUAUCCCAAAUUAUUGAAAUAUUUUUGUUAAUGUUGUUUGUCGUACCAUGGGGUAACUAUUGCAUAUGUUCCAUUUCUUCCCUGAAUAAGUAUUGCACUUUUAUGGGUAAUAUAAAGUACAAAAAAUUCAACGCUGUAUUGUAUAAUAUAAUUUGAAAUACAGAUUUUGUUACAGUGUUUCAGUGUGAUUCUUUUUUAGAUUAAGGCAGUGGUCUAGAAUUUAGUUUUGUAAUAUUGUUACACCAGUUGAGCAUUGUUGUUGUUUGUGGAUGUCGUCAGCAAUGUACCAGAAAAUUUAAUAGGUUGUCAACUCAGUGGCUAUCAUAAGAAAAGUAUAAAAAUUACCCACUUUCUAUUUUGAAGAUGUGGGACAUUGGAUAUGUUAACCACAGCAAAAAAUAACACACACUCAGAAUUGUUGAAUAAGAAAAAAAUUUAGAGCUUGAAACAUUUAUACCACUAUAAUUUCCACACAUAACAUAACAAAUCCAAGAAGUACCAAGAGACUAACUAAAUUAUGCCACUUGGCGCAAACAGCAAUCCACUUUGUCAGCCAAAGAGUACACACUACACUCUAAGCACUUGUCAAACUUCUAUUCCCACGCAGCUCCCCCUGCAGUAGAACAAAGCUCCAGAAAUGUAGGAAAACUGAUGUUGAACUCGUCUGGCCCUCAUAUUAACUGGGAACGUCCUGUGGGGUGUCCUUGUGAAAUGAUACCGGGAUCUCUUAGUACGACACUGGAGUAUGCAUCACUGAACUUGGGGGUUGGUGAUCUCGUUUGUCAGUCUGGUAAUGGAGAUCUGUGUACCAAGUCGGUAGGUCAUCGAUGGGUUACAAUUAAGGUGUCUUUAUCCUUUUGAAUGACACUGUCUUAAGUUUAGCUUAAUAGUACAUUCAUUACACUUCCAAACUUGGAAAGGGAGAGUAUAAGAAGGUUGUAGUGGUGAGUGGACAGUGCUGGUCCUUAGAAUAGCACGGCAGCGUGUCUACAAAUCCUGAAGUAAAAUGUUGGCAUCUCUAUGACGAGGUGAGGAGUAGGGCCGAAAUGUUGGCACCUCUAUGAUGAGGUGAGGUGUAGUGCGAAGCAGGUCAGCUGGUACGAAAAACUCUGAUGGAAGCCGCAAUGUCUCUGCAGGGACCAUCUUACUGUUGGCAUGCCAAUGUCUUGCAUGACCGCAGUGCAAAAGCCACACAGCACAGCUUUGGGUGGGGACUAAAAUAGUUACAGGGCAAUUAGCGAAGGCUUCCAGAAACCGCAGCAUAUCCCAAACAAACCUCCAGCAGACAUCAGGUAUGAGCAUUAUCAAAGAAAACAGUCAUCACAUCCAAAAUGUUACAUACAAAGACAGAGAAGCUAGACACAUUCAGGAUGAAAUUUGAGCCAGCAGAAUGUAUUCUAGGAGAGUAAAUGGCUGUUGUUUGAAAUCCAAACUAAACACCAUAAAAAAAGAAAAGAAAAAUACACAAUGAAAACAAAGAAUUUAAAUCCAAACUGUCUUUCAUAAAAAGGGAACUAGAAAAAUUGAAAAAGGGUAGGUGCUCAUCCCCAAAAAUCACCAGAUCAGUUUCAAAAAUACUCUUCUUUUGCACUGCUUGUUACAAGAACAGUGACACAAUGUUCAAUCUGUUCCUUCCUCCGUGACCUAGUUGAACAUCGUAUCUUCAAAGGCAUAAAACAAUCCUCCUUUUCCUUUUGGAUAGUUUCAUGAUCCUAAUCCACUUCAUCAGCUAAAAUACCUCAUAAAGCUGUGAAUGAAGUAACUUUCUUCUCUUAACAAUGUACCUCUCUCUCUCUCUCCCCAGUAAUAAAACAAAUAUUACAUUGUGGAAUAUAGACCACUAUCAAGCUUUAAAAUUUUAUCCAAAACAGGAUGGUCCAUGUGUUUUCUUGGUUGAGAAAUUGUGUUGAUGCUUUGCAAAUGAGUAGUUGUAAAUUUCAACAGGGCAAUUGUACUUAAUUCAACUGAAUGCUGACGAUAAGUAAAUAUUUUUUUCUCCAAUAUUGUCACUGGUUAAUUCAUAUAUCAAUUAAAUAAUUACUAAUUUACUUGAUAUUACAAAGGUGCUAUAAGAAAAUGGCAAUGUUUUGAAAAGGGGGUAAAAGAAGUUAGGAGAGGAUGGCCUCUUCAAAGUCACGAGAGAAACAUUUCCAUUGUGAGGAGCAUUUAGUCCAGUCAUAUCACUAGGGUGCCUAGAAUUUUAUUUACUAGUGGCAAUGUAAUUAUUUAUCAGCAAAUAAGUGAAAUGUAAAAUAAAAUUAGACAAGAGUCAUAAAUAUUAAACAGUGUUCCAAAAUGAAUAUAUUGUCUUGUUGUAUGGUGUAUUGUUGAAAAGAGUUCUGAAAAAUUGUUAUUGUUCAUUUUUAAGGAAAAAAAUAGGAGAAAAUGAUAAAUAUACAAGAAGCCUUUUAUUUGAACUUGUAAAAAGAUUUAUUUUCUGUAGUGUGGUUGCUUUGUUAUAAUUUUGAUUAUAUACUGUGUUGUGUUGGCCUUUGUUUUGUUGGGUUCUUGUACCAAGGAAAGAUAGUAUGACUUUGUGCAGAAGAACCUUUUGUGUUAAGUAUACUAAUAUUUUUAAAAACUUGAAAAUUCUUUCAGUCUACAAAAGAGCCAAUGUUUGUUAUAUUUAUAAAUGAAAAUAAAUAUUUCAGAAAGGUUA